CCUCGACAAUCUUCCGCGGCCCUCCCAAGGCGCGCAUGCGUAGUCCUACCAGCUGCCUUUAGCAACAUGGCGGCUCCCGUAGACCUGGAACUAAAGAAGGCCUUUGCAGAGUUGCAAGCCAAAAUGAUUGAUACGCAGCAAAAGGUGAAGUUAGCGGAUCUGCAAAUUGAACAACUGAGUCGCAUGAAGAAACACGCAAAUCUGACUCAUGUAGAAAUCACUUCACUCCCCGACAGCACUCGGAUGUAUGAAGGCGUAGGACGCAUGUUUAUCUUGCAGUCAAAAGAUGAAAUUAAUAAUCAACUACUGGAAAAACGAAAGACUGCAGAUGACAAAAUCAAGGAGCUUGAGCAAAAGAAGACAUACCUGGAACGCAGUGUGAAGGAGGCAGAAGACAACAUCAGAGAAACGUUAAUGUCCAGGCGGGCUCAAUAGGAUACGCGUCCAUACACGUGUGUGCACACACUGUGCUUACUUACCUUUGGACACUCUUGCUAUGCGUUUAAACAUGUUUGCAUGUACCUGGGGAUAUGCAGGUACCUCUAGGAACAGAAGACAAAAAUCAUUGUUCUGGAUGGAAAUGGGUGUGACAUUAGGUCGCACAGCUUUUGUGAAUCACAGCUGUUAUCACAAUGAUGUCAUUCAUCUGAAACAUUCUUCUUGUUGAGACUUGUUCACUGUUUCCUCUUUCGUUGUGUUCUAAUAAAAUGUUUUGCUUUAUUUAAGCUGUCAUUAGCAUGGUAUUAAAUGUGAAUUGAAAUUACUGCA